UAUUAUCGUUGUUGUUGUUGUUGCCGUUGCUCACCUUGUUAGUGUUGUUAGUGUUACUACUGCUGCAAGUGCUGCCGCUGCUGCUGUUGCUGCUGCCUCAGACGCCGCAUCUCCUAUCUUACAAGCGCCGCUUCCGUAAAGAAAGAUCACCAAAGAACGGAUGGCAAAGGAGAUAGUGAUUGCAUGUGAGUGGAAGGUGGAGAGCCGACACAAGGGGAAGAGAAGAUAAAGGAAAGAGGGGAGAGAAAAAAAAGUUCACAGUGGUGGUUUUGAUGGUUUCCUAAAUGCUGUGGAUUCCUGGGCAACAGGUUCUCCACUUGACGUUCUUUCUAUUAUCGUCAUCGUCAUCGUCAUCGUCAUCGUCGUGGUCGUGGUCGUGGUCGUCGUCAUCGUCGUGGUAGUUCUGUUUUGUUGUUUUAUUACUUUUGUAGUGUGUGUGGAUUUAGGCGCCGAAAACAAGAUCCUUUACCUACCGGAUAAAACAAGCAGGCAGAUCACGUAUGAAUAUACAUGAAAGGUGGAGAUUUUACUACGUGUCAACAAUCUAAUAAAGAACUUUGACAAGAAAUAUUCCGACAUGAAAUAUGAAACAAAUCCAAGAGAAGACAAAAUCAAAGAGCCCCGUUAUGAAAGGUGUUCAGACACCAGAAAUAUAUCGCCAACAAAUGUUUUUCCAGGUCUGUAAAGGCCAUACAGACUCCGGUUAUGACAACAUACCCCAUCCAUUCACCUUUAAAUAAAUAACCAUCAUUAAAGAAGAAAACCAUCUUGUGAACAUCAUCAAAGAAAUCAAAGAACGAAAAGGACCAUAAAAAUAAAUGUUUCGCUGAGCGUCCGGUGACCAUGUAUAUUUCCUUCAUUGAAGCAGAACACUGAUUUAAGAAAACGAAGAGGUUGAUAACAUUAAUCUAACAUCAAUGAACUUCAAACGACCCGGCAUCAAAGACUUGUUUCCCAUCUGAUAUGAAGUUUUUGUACACUGAAUUGUCAGCGUUUCUGUAAAGAUAAACACAAUUCAUCAACGGAAUGCAGCUGUUAUACAGGAAUCUUCAAGAAGAGAAAAUGUGCAUUGAAAUGAAAAUUAGUCUGACGGUUUCCUGCAAUUAUAAGAGCAAAAUCUCAUGUUAAAUUCCAAUUAAUGCCAACUCUGUCAACGUUAACAAUAUGACGUAUUAUUUUCAUUAUAAAUCAAGAGGUUUUAUACAGAAGCUACGAAACUUCAGUUUAUAGAAGAAGUGACCGCAAAAUGAACUCAAGACGUAAACUCCGCCGUCUUUACUUCAGUUUAGUUCUUACAAUUUUGGUUUGGGUUUCAUUCGCAUUUUCCGUCGCCCCAGACAAUAAAACAGGAAAAGCUCUCAUUCCAGGAGAUAUUAUUCUUGGGGGAUUGUUUCCUGUCCACCAAAAAGGUGAAGGGGAUAAACCAUGCGGUGAAAUAGAUGUGCAAAGGGCCAUUCAGAGAUUAGAAGCAAUGUUAUUUACGGUAGACCACAUCAAUCAAAAUGCUUCAAUCCUGCCUGGAAUCAAGUUAGGUGCGGCGAUUCAUGACACCUGUGCUCGAGCAACGUAUGCCCUCGAGCAAUCACUUGAAUUCGUCAGGGCAUCUAUCAGUACAUUAGACGCAUCUGAAUUUGAGUGUGAGGAUGGGUCGCGAGCAAAAGCGAAGUAUAUUCCAACAGCUGUCGCAGGGGUUAUUGGUGGCUCUUCGAGUAGUGUUUCGUUACAAGUAGCAAACCUUCUAAGACUUUUUCACAUACCACAAAUAAGCUAUGCAUCAACGAGUGCAGCCCUAAGUGAUAAAACGCGAUUUGAUUAUUUUGUACGUACAGUGCCACCGGAUACUUUCCAAGCAAUAGCAAUGGUUGAACUCGUCCAAGCUUUUAACUGGACAUAUGUUUCAACGGUUGCAUCACAAGGAGACUAUGGUGAAUCGGGAAUUGAUUAUUUCCAACAGGAGGCUCGUUUGAGAAAUAUUUGUAUAGCUACUACUGUUAAAAUUCCUACCAAUUCAAAAACCGAAACUUUUAAAUACAUAAUCAGGAGAUUGUUGGAGAAGAAAAAUGCAAGAGUUGUUAUUCUCUUUGUCCGCAUCGAGGAUGCGACCAGCAUACUCGAGUCAGCCACAAGAAUGAACGUUACAAACCAUUUUGUAUGGAUAGCUAGUGAUGCCUGGGGUCGUCAACCUCAUCCAGUUAAAAACAACGAGAAAGUAGCAGAGGGUGCAUUGACUAUAGAACUUACUUCAACGGUAAUACCUCAAUUUGAUGAUUAUUUUCAACGAUUAGACCCUUAUCUAAAUACAAGAAAUCCAUGGUUUACGGAGUAUUGGGAAAAAGUUCACAACUGUAAAUGGAAGACUGAAGAGCGGUCGGUACCAUUGCUUAUAAAUGAAAUGCCACGUCAAAUAUGCAAUGGCGACGAAACCCUUGAACCUGGAUACUACAAACAAGAGGGCAAAGUGCAGUUUAUUUACGACGCCGUCUACGCAAUGGCUUUAGCAAUACAUAGGAUGCAACAAGAUGUCUGCCCUAGAACGACGAAACUUUGUGAACGAAUGAAAAAGAUUGAUGGUGAAGUCCUCUUAAAAAAAUAUCUCCUCAACACAUCGUUCUAUGAUGGGUACGGCGCCCUAGUUCAGUUUGACAAACAAGGUGAUGCGCUUGGCCGCUACAGUAUAUUCAACUACGCCUACGACAACCUUACAGGCCAAUAUGCUUACAAACACGUAGGAACGUGGGGCAAAAAUCACUUGGAACUUACUGGGGAUGAAAUUACGUGGAGCGGGGGAACAGACCUAAUACCAAUGUCCAGAUGUAGCAGACCCUGCAAUUAUGACGAGGUGAAAUCUGUACACGACACUUGUUGUUGGAUUUGCAUCAAGUGCGAAGACUGGGAAUAUCUGUAUGACGAAUACUCGUGCAGAGACUGCGGCCUCGGCCGAUGGCCGAACGCCACUAAGCGUAGUUGCUUUAGUCUUGAGCUCCAGCACAUGACUUGGAACAGCAUCUACGCCAUCGUGCCGCUCUCACUGUCGUGCCUCGGUAUCAUCGGUACGGUUACGGUGAUGGUAACCUUCGUACGAUAUAACGACACGCCAGUUGUGAUGGCGUCUGGCCGAGAGCUCAGUUACAUGCUUCUCAGUGGGUGUUUGUUUUGUUAUCUAAUGUCAUUUAUACUUAUAGCCAAACCGUCAAUGUUCAUAUGUUCCGUACAACGGAUCGGAGUCGGUUUUGGCUUUGCAAUAAUUUACUCGGCGCUCCUAACUAAGACUAACCGUAUAUCUCGAAUAUUCUACAACGCUCGCCGCUCAGCCCGGCGCCCCCCAUUCAUUAGUCCACGAUCUCAGAUCGCAAUAGCUAGUAUCUUAAUAUCGAUUCAGAUUGUUUUUACAGUAAUAUGGCUGGUUUUGGAACCACCAGGCACUCGACAUUAUUUCCCUUAUAACAAGAGAAAUGAAGUUAUACUCAAAUGUAAAACGCGAGAUAUAUCGUUCCUAGUUUCAUUAAUAUAUAACAUGCUUCUCAUUAUAAUAUGUACUGUUUACGCUGUCAAGACCAGAAACAUACCAGAAAACUUCAAUGAAUCAAAAUUUAUUGGUUUUUCAAUGUACACAACGUGCAUCAUUUGGCUUGCAUUUGUUCCGAUUUAUUUCGGGACAUUGAACGCAUUCCAGAUUCAGAUCACCACACUCUGUAUUUCAAUAAGCUUGAGUGCUUCAGUGGCUCUUCUCUGCCUUUUCGUCCCCAAAAUGUACAUUAUUCUUUUCCAUCCUGAGAAGAACGUACGAAAGCUGAUAAUGAACUCGGCCACCUAUAAGCGUGCUCCUACCAGUAGUGCCACGAUAACUACCGCAACCAACCACGGUACAUUUACUGAGCACAUAAAACUCAAUGUGCAGAAUUCGGCACAGGCAAGAGCAGUCUGCAGUCCGACAGACAUCAAGACGGACAAAGAUAGUGUGGCGUCAUUGUGAUCCCAGUGACACGAGUGGUUCUUCAGAGAACAAUGCAGAGAAGCCCUGUGGAAUAUCUGAACAAUGAUUUCUACGAAGAGAAUGCGCACUGUAUCGAUACAUAUAAAGAAAUGCACACACACAACCAUAUACAUACAUAUGUAAAUAGAUACAUAUAAGUA